UCUAGUUACAUUCCAAUGUGACAUACAGUAGAACUGAACUGAUUAAUUUAAGAAUGCCUGUAUGAUCAUGGACCAUAAAUCAGCCUUUAAACCAAAGGUCUGCUCAGUUUCUUGUGCCUUACUGCCUCAAGCAGGGAAUGUACACUGCAUGGUAGUAAGAACAAGAAUACAGAGAAAUAUUUUGGACUUACUGUUUUCCCCUUCUAGAAACUUCUAACAACAGGGCUUUAAAAAUCACAGCUUGUACACAUAAUUUUAAUAGCCUUUAGUAGAUGUUUUCCAUGACUGCUUAAACUACAUUUUGACGUGCUGGUAUUUGUUCCAACAAAAGAAUCCCAGGGCAGUUGUUUUUCGGUAGGCAGGUUCUUUGUAAACGUAUCCUUCAACUUGUCUUUGCUCUGUGCAAAAUUAAGCUGUGUAAUGCAACACUUGGUAAAAAAAAACACAGAAAUUUAACUGAACACUGCCAGAGGUCUUAAUAUGAGAGUCCCUCCCAGUUUGAGUACAGCUAGAUCCCACGAGUAACGGACAUCUCUGCCCUACACACUACCACCAGUCACAACCACCUUUCCCAACUUCCUUAAAGGCAGAUGACCCAAGCUGUGCAUUCUCUCGCUAUGACUAUCACUAUUUGGAUGAAGAACCACUGAAAUCCAGAGUGUGCCAUGAAGUAGGAUCACAGAAAGAAUGGUUUUCUGCUUGUUUUCUGUCUUUGCCUCUAUUCUGCCCUUUCUAUAAAACAUUUUAACUGUUUUUAACUACCAGAGAAAACAAAAUUUGCAGUUAUCAUAAAAAUGAGUCAAUGCUGAGAAAUCAUGAGUGAAAUACUACUUGGCUCGAUCUCCUCAUCCCCAUGAACAGGAAAUAUCUAUGACUGUCUUUGUUCCGUGCUGGUUAUAUACUGGAUGUUCAAGAGACAUGAGGAAGUACAGAUCUGCCCCAAAGCACACAUUAUUUUAGCUGCUGGUGGUUUAGAUGCAGCAAGCAUUUGAUAAGGCAAUGAUAACAAAGCUCACUGGGAAAGGAAAAAGCCAGUCUCACUCAAAAGAAGGGAGAGGGGCAAGAGAUUGGGUAUUUAAUAGAAAUUAUGCACUGGAGGCAAUAAGAUUUUUGUUUCUGAUUUACAGUAUUCAUUAUAUGAUGGGGCUGAUGCCUCUAAGUACUGUGCUGCAUUACUGAACUAUAACAGGUUUUUUUUUGCUUUUUUUUUUUUCUUUUAACUGCAGGAAAGUUAGCAGGGUACUUCCACUUACAUGUUUCUCUUUUUCUCAGUCCAAAGAGGUGAUACAAGGAAACUGUGUCCUUGUUGAAUCCUCACCACCAGUACUUUUGUUUUACCCUGAAAACCUGUCUGGGGCAGCAUUUUAAGGAAAAAAACUCCUAUCCUGAAGAGAAUCUAAGAUAUGGACACAACAAAGAUAGGAUACUUUAAGUAAAUCAGAUGAUGAAACUUACUUUAUGUGGGUUUUAUUUCUCUUGUAUAGCUUGCAAAGGAAGUAUGUCCCAUCCCAUUUAUGGUCUUAAACUGAGACAGGGGAGGUUUGGGUUAGAUAUUAGGAGAAAGUUUUUCACACAGAGGGUUGUGACGCACUGGAACAGGUUGCCCAAGAAGGCUGUGGAUGCCCCAUCCCUGGAGGCAUUCAAGGCCAGGCUGGAUGUGGCUCUGGGCAGCCUGAUCUGGUGGUUGGCGACCCUGCACAUAGCAGGGGGGUUGAAACUCGAUGACCAUUGUGGUCCUUUUCAACCCAGGUUAAUCUAUGAUUCUAUGAUCCCUGGCGGCACUCAAGGCCAGAUCGGAUGGGGCCCUGAGCAGCCUGACUUGCUGGGCUGCAGCCCUGCCCAUGGCUGGGGGUUGGAACUGGGUGAGCUUAAAGAUCCCUUCCAACCCAAACCAUGCUGUGAUUCUAUGACCCACGUAUCCAAAGAAGAAUCCACACAGUAUAUAUUGAAAGUUGUGAUUUCAGCAGUGAUUUGUUUAUUAUUAUUAUCUUUGGAACUCUUUCCAGGGAAAGAGGGAAUUCUGCAUCAUUUCACAGCUUCCUGAAAGGACAGCUCAAAGAGUUUGCAAGCUGUAUGUCGAAAUCAUUGUGCUGUGUGCAAUAGUGCACAUCAGUUCUGGUGAUUAGAGUUGAUAUUCCAAAGAAUAUUAAAAAUUGAAAUCUACUGAUUGCCCUUUGUGUCAUACUGGGCACCAAUACUGAGCUUGAGCGAAAUUCUCAUCCACACAAAACACAAUUCAACAGCUUAGCUUUACAGAUGGAAAGCCUUACCUACAGCACUCUGGUCACAGUGCUGUUGCUUGUGCAGUGCAGAUGAUAAUGCAAGAUUUAUCCCAGUAGGGAUAUUUUGAGACGUGUUUUGCUCAUAUUGAAAAGAAACGCCUCAGUAAAUAUUAUUAAUUAUAAUUCUUACUGACGUUUUAGAAAUAGAAAUUGAACAUUAAAACUCAUUCGAGAACUGAAGGUCGUAACCCAUGUGUAAAUUAACCGUGCUCACGCGCUGGAAUGUGGCCAACGGCACCGCCGGUGUUAAUGGAUCCCUGGCGCUCUCCUCAGCGCUCCUUGGCAGCACUGUGGGGCUGGCACUGCCGCUCCCCGCAGCCAUCCCGCACGCACUGGGACUGGUGGCUGCAGGCCCACAGUGUGCGUGGAAGGCACCCUGUGCCAGAUGGCACCCGGCCUGACAGCCUUCCCAGGGGCUCUAUUAGCAUAAACACAGGCUACGGAGGGCAAAAUGAGGUUCUCAACGACGCUUCUGUCACAGCACUCAUACUUGCAGGGAGAGCAAGCAGAGCUGCACACCUUUUACCUUUAGGAACUGCUGCUCGAGUCCUGCAUGGCUCAGACCAGCCCUGGUCUGGCAGUCAGUGUGCAGUCCUGGGGCGCUGCUACAGAGCCACACUGCAGCCCAGCACCAUGGGCUACAGGGGCCAGAGAGGGGCCAGAGCGGGGGCCUGGGCUGCUGCUGGGCCAAAGGCACAGCCCCUGUGCUGUGUGUUACCAUCAACCGUGUGAGAAGACUUCAGGUAAAUGCUGGCCGUUCCCAAUGACUUGGCCUACUCCUUGACCUCCCAAGCAGCAGCCUUCUGACACUGUUACCGAGAGCAGGAACUAGGCUCCUGCAUGGCUACAGAGGCCACCAAUGUCAAUGAGCUCUGCACUGUACAGAUUAGCACCUCGGCCCUCUCAGGUCAACAUCUCAGGUACCUUUACUACAAAACCCGAGAUGCAGAAGUCCUUCUUACCCUGAAUGACAGCCCUCAGGAGAAGGUUAACGUGAAGCGGCAAGCAGUCGGCCAGCAAAACUCCCGCCCCGCUCAGUGCCGGGCUGAACCACUGCGAGAUGGGAAGCGCUCCUUGCUAACGGAGCAGCGGCGGAACAGCGGAGCGCCGUGCUCGGUGGAGCAGAAAGCCGAAGCGAGUUUAGCGUGGGCUGGGGCGAGGAGAAUGCUUGAGCACUUGUGCGACGGCACUGCGAUUGCCGUGCUCGGCUCCAGGACUGCCGCGAGCUGCGCGAGGAGCAGCGCCGCGGGUCCCGGCGGCGAGGCGGGGAGGGGACGGCACGGCGGGCGGCUCCUACCGCUUCCUCGCGGCCGAGAGGAUCCGCCGGCCCGGGCAGGGCGCGCAGCCCGAGCGCAGCCCCGAGCACGCGCACGUUGUUUCGUCAUUAGAAGAGAGCUGAAGCCUGUGGUUUAUUGGACGCACAGUCUUUUCCGCAGCAUCCAUAAACAUCUUCAGACCAAAACACCACCACGGCUGAUGACACUGUCUCUCCAACACCAAAAGGACCCCCUGAACGGCACUAAGCUAGCUCAAGCUUCUGCCAGGCAGACUUCUCCACAGGACUGACACUGCUGCCUACUGCCGUAUUUCUCUGACUCCGUGGAAUAACUCUACCUGGUGAGAGGCAGAUUAUUUCAGCACUCUGCCUAUGCAUCAAGCAAACCACAUGCCACGGCAACACCUAGAAGAGGGUGGGGGAAGUUUUCAACAGAGAGGCGUGGCUUGAAAAUGUGGCAAUCGGCUCAGCUACACGUCAGGACUGACUUGUUUAUUUUUCAAGCUGUGCGCUGCAAGAAACCAAAGGCAUCCGACUCUAAGAUAGGAUAGAUUUUCUGUAGAAUAGCGAGAUAAGUAGAUAUUAGAGGAGAUGAUGCAAUGAGCGGGCAUGACUUAUAUUUUUAAGAAACCAUUCCAGAGCUUAGCUCCAGCCUAACCCUUUUGCAUCAGCACGCUGGCACGAAGAGCUCCAGCUCCCUGAGCCAAGAGCCUGCUGGUGCAGCAGGAGGGACUGUGGGCACCCGCAGCCUUGUGCCACGUCCCAGCACACGGGGCGGUCCCUGCCACGGGAAGGAGGAGGGAGCAGGUGACACGUACAGGUGUCUGCUAUAAAACUCUACAAAUGUUCUGUGGCUUUUUUUCCUAUGCUGUGUUGCUAUGUAGAACUGUUACCAGUAAACAUCCACAAAGCU